GCGAGCUAUACGGCAAUAUGAAUGCGCCGCCUGCCAUUGCCAAUUCUGUUUUGCUCUACUCCCUACGGCUACUCAUCGGGCUCGAGAUUUCAAUGAAUCAAGGCUACCUUACACCGACGAAGGUGGUUCUGCCCGAGGGCUACUUCCUCAACCCCUCAGCUAACCCUACUAUCUACGCUAGAAACACGAACACGUCGCAACGUGUUGUGGACGUCAUCAUAAAGGCCUUUGAGGUAUCAGGCGCAUCUCAAGGCUGCAUGAACUGUCUUGUUUUCUUCGGCGAAGGCGGAAAAGACCCUAACAGCAACAAGCUUGCUGGUCACGUCUACGCGUUUGGAGAAACAAUAUAUGGUGGUUCAGGCGCGACUGCUGUGGCAGACGGAGCGCGUGGCGUCCACACAUACAUGACGAACGCUCGAAUCACAGACCCCAAUCUCUCAAAAAGAGAUAUCCUGUCAUUCUGCGUGAGUUUAGCACCCGAGAGGGCAGCGGCGGGAACGGGUGGAGAGACCGGCGGAAGAGCUGCAAAUUACUGGGUCAAGAAAAGGCCGGAUGGUAAUGAUCGCUGGAUCAUUCUCGGGCCCAAGAAUAUGGUUGCAAUGGACACUGGUGGCCUUUGUGUCAUCUACACGCCAGGCAGUGGAGGAUUCGGACCUGUAGGUGCUGUAAAUUACGGCAGGCUCAAUGGCAUGCAGAAGACACCAUACUCACGCGUCGUGGGUAGCGUAACGGCCUACGCUGAUACCCAAGCGCAAGCCAACUGA